GAUAUGUUUUUCCAGCUGUCGAACUCUCGUCUCGCGGUGCAAAGGUGAAAAUAAAAUAUGAUUUUGAUAUGAAUUUAGUGGCUGAAGAGCCACGAUCAGUUACCAGCUCCCAGUAUGACUACCUCAGAUAAAGUCCGGGUCAAUGGGUAUAGGCCAUCAGCCAGCUUAAUUCUAGCAGGCAAAGCGGUGUCCAACUCAGAAGAGCAAGUUGAUUACAAUCUUUUGCUAAUUAAACGCACAGAGCGCACAUCAUAUGCACUAAAUCACUGCGUCUUUCCUGGCGGCGUUUUUGACGCCAAGGCAGAUGAAUCCGCCGAUUGGCUGACCUAUUUCCAACAUUGUGGCAUUACCCAGGCGCAGCUGGAGCUAUUGAAAUGCCGUCAAGCUACAGGCAGACCAGAACUCAUGAGCCGGGGCGGUAAUUUCUCACGCGAUAUCUCACUGCGUCUAACGGCACUACGAGAAACCUUUGAGGAGGUGGGCAUUCUAUUGUGUUGUACAAGUCUAAAGGAUUUGGACAAGGGUCAGCCGGCACACAUGCUGUUGCAGCCAUUCGAGCGUGAGCUCUGGCAACAGCGCGUACACAAUGAUGCAACACAGUUUCUCGAGCUAUGUCGUCAUCUGUCUGUCAUACCCGAUCUGUGGGCACUGAGCGAGUGGUCGGUUUGGCGCACACCAGCUUCAGCGAGUCGCAAGUACGAUACGGUCUACUAUUUUGCAGCCUUAGAGACCAACCAAGUGGAUUUGUUGCUCGAACCUAGUGAGGUGGCUUCGGCUCACUGGCUGCACCCAGGCGACUGCUGGCAGCAAUCUCAGGAGGGCACCAUCUGGCUGCCUUUUAUCCUGCUCUAUGAGACGGCGCGUCUAAUGAACAUGCACCGCUGGGAGCAGCUUCUACAGUUUGCGCAUCAUCGCAGCGCCCGAGGCUCCACGCUAUUGCAGCCAAUCUAUUAUCGGCCCACUGACUGCAUGCUUGGCGUCUUGCCAGGCGAUGAACUCUACUUGGCUAACCCGGAGAACUGCACUGAGUCCAUAAUAUUACCGAGCUCCAUCAACGAACUUAAUACGCUUGCCAAGCGUUACAAUCGCUAUAUGAUCUAUGGCUUCCAGCGCGUGGAUUUUGCCUGCAAUGUAUUACCCCCGAAUGGACAUUUGCCGCUGCACGCUCUUAUAAAUACUCGGCUUGCGAAAUUAUAACAUCAAAUAGCUUAAAUAUGUAUAUAAAUCUUUUUGUCAUGACUAAUUUAAGCUUAUUUUUGUUGUAAGCUCCUGUGUGGAACUCUUGUUUUGUUUUCCAAUGGGCCUCAAACUUAUUACCAAAAAUUCCUUGGGCCACAUGGUCGUUAAGUUACUAAAGGUAAUAUAAAAAUUUGUACACAGUCGAAAAUUAUGUAAAAAGUGGAUAUUUAAAAAUGUAUGUCAAUAUAUUUUACCAAUUUGGAUUAAAUUAAACUACCACUAGUAAGCUCUGCUUGUACAUUGCGACAGGCGUGACACAAAUCCUUCACUGAGCCCAAACGUUGUCUGGCGCGCUUUUCCAGUGCCUCCAUAUUAUCGUGCUGUUGCAGUGCAACGCCCAUUUCGGAGACGGCGCGCGAAUAUUCAAUCGCUAGCAAAGUGUCGGAGAGCCCAGAAUCCAGUUCAGAAUGACACAGCGCACAAGUCGAGGGUACCUCGACAAUUGGUUGACGCUUGGCGGCAAUUUUAUUGCCCGUGCGAAAAACCGUAGACACCGUGGAUACAUAAUUCAAUUGCAGAUUUACCACAAACGCACUUGUCAGGUUUUGGAGACUAGCAUCAGACAACCGACUAGGGUCAUCCGACUGAAACGGUUGCAGCUGCUGGGCGUUUAUAUAGAACUGCACUUCCUGUUCGUUGAGAUCCUUCAAGGGACGUAGAAGCGAGACGCCGCCCUGCAGACGAUCAUCCAGCAGAGCCACAUCCAAAGCAACGCUACCGCCGCGACCCAAUGCCACGGAUGUUAAUAGCUGUGCAGCCAGGCUGGUGCUUAUGCUGGGCUCAAAAACAUGAGUGCACUGCAGCUGGAUGGCAACGGCGCUAAUGAGCCGUUUGCGCUGCUGCCGUACAUAAUCCUGCCGAGCUGUCAAGCUGCGCAAUUUGUUUUCAGUUGAGUCUAACCGGGAGGCACUGUAAUCCUUGAGCAGCUGCAAGCUGUGGACCUCUGCACCCAGCUGUAUGACAUAGAACUCGAAGGGCGCAUAACGUUUACGCAGUUCGUUUAGCGUUGAUAAAGGAUCAUUGUCGGACGGUGAUGCUCGAGCAUCUAUGUGAAGCACACGUGCGCUGCAGUGCAGCCGUUUGAAAGUGUUUUGCGUUUGCGCAAAGUGUAACAUAUCCAGCAGAACUAAAGACUCGGCGCUACCGUCUACCAGUAGCAGAACCUCAGCAUUGCGUGGCAGCGCCUUUGCCGCCCCUAAUGCGGCACGAAACUUGUGCCUGGCAUAGUUGAGGAAACAUUCGUGACAUUCAGCGGCACGAAAGUUCAAUUUGUACAGCUCCAACGAGUUGAGGCCGCACUUGUUGCAGCUGCCUGCAGUAAUAACAGUUCCCACUGUUGAGGAACCAGGCAGCAUGGCAUGCGUUGCGCCCUCGUCACCAAAAUCAUCUUCGCCAAUACUGCACAUUAAAUCUAAAUUUCAGCAAAUAACGAAAUAUAAACUAACCCACACAACAAA